AUGAGCACAAGGGGGACCGUCGGAGAGAGCGACAGCGAGAGGAGGAUGAGGCAACUGCAACGGCAGCUGGGGAAAAGCGAUCGGGGGCGACGGGGACGAGACGGGGACUCGCGACGUGAGAACGCGGGACGGUCGGGGCCCGCGCACGAUCUCUUCCCCGACACGCGUCUCUCCGCUAAAAGGGUCCUAGGACAGACCCGGCGCCACAGACGUCGUAGGAGCGAGGACGAACAGGAGGAAAGGCCAAAGCGGAUGCAAGGCAAAGACCCGCAGGUGAGGCAAGAUGAGGACGAGGAUGAGGACGAGGACGAUGAGGAGGAGGAGAGCGAGACACAACGGAGGGAGCGACAGCGAGAGGAGAGAAGGACGAGGCAACUGCGACGGCAGCUGGAGAAAAGCGAUAGGGAGCGAGAGGAAAGAGACGGAGGCCUGGAGCGGGAGGACGAUCUCUCCUCCGGUAUGCGUCUCUCCGCCAAAAUGGUCUUAGGACAGACCCGGUGCCACGGACGUUGUAGGAGCCGCGACGAACAGGAGGAAAAGACAAAGCGGAUGCGAGGCAAAGACCCGCGGGUGAGGCGAGAUGAGGAUGAGGACGAGGACGAUGAGGAGGAGAGCGAGACACGACGGAGGGAGCGACAGCGAGAGGAGAGAAGGACGAGGCAACUGCAACGGCAGCUGGAGAAAAGCGAUAGGGAGCGAGAGGAAAGAGACGGGGGGCCGGAACGUAAGGACGAUCUCUCCUCCGGGAUGCAUCUCUCCGCCAAAAGGGUCCUGGGAGAGACCCGGCGUGAGGGACGUCGUCGGAACGACGACGAACAGGAGGAAAAGACAAAACGGGUAAGGUUCCUAGGAGAGCCCCGACGCGAGGGACCUCUGUCCGAGGGGGAGGAGGAGGAGGAGGAGGUGGAGGAUGAUGAGGAGGACGAGGAGAACGAGGAGGGAGAGAAUCACCGACCUUGCUCCGACUCUGAAGAAGAAGAAGAAGAAGACAUAGUACAAGGAGAAGGAGGACAAGGAGAAGGAGAAGCGCAGCGGGAGCAGCAGCCGCGGCGACCCUGGCCACCGGGACCCACGGACCUGGCGGUUUCCGAGGCCUGAGACAUCAUCUCGACGUUCUACCUCUUCCUCACGCCGGAGAUAGACAAAAUCAUCCUGGAGGAGAUGAAUUGCGAGGGUCUCAGGAAACGCGGAAGAGACGGAUGGAGGUGUAUGGACGAGAUCGACCUGCACGCUUACGUGGGCCUGCUCAUCCUCGCCGGCGUGUACAGGUCCCGAGGCGAGGCCACCGCCAGCCUGUGGGACGUGGAGAGCGGGCGUGCGAUUUUCCGAGCCACCAUGUCGCUCAAAGUCUUUCACCUUUACUCGACGCUGCUGCGGUUCGACGACCGCGAGACGAGAGCGGAGAGGCGCGCCUCGGACAAACUGGCGGCCAUCAGAAAGCUCUGGGACGCGUGGGUCGAGCGGCUACCGGCCCUCUACAACCCGGGCCCUCACGUCACGGUGGACGAGCAACUGGUUCCAUUCAGAGGCCGAUGUCCCUUUAGACAGUAUAUGCCGAGCAAGCCCGCCAAAUACGGGAUCAAGUCGUGGGUGGCCUGCGACGCCAGGUCUAGCUACGCUUGGAAAAUGCAGGUUUACACUGGGAAGCCCGCCGCCGGAGGACGGGAACGGGGUACCGGAGCGGUGAAGGGCUCGGAGAAGAAUCAGGCGACGCGCGUGGUGCUGGACGUGACCGAGAGUCUCACCGGUCAUAACGUCACCUGCGACUAUUUCUUCACGUCCUACGAGCUCACGGGGAGGCUCCUCCGCGAGAGGAACAACACCCUGCUCGGCACGAUCAGAAAGAACAAGCCCGAGCUCCCGCGCGCCCUGCUUGAGCUCCGGGGGAGACUGGUCCUCUCCUACAAGUUCGCCUUCACGCCCGACGCCGCGCUGGUGUCCUACGUGCCCAAGAAAAACAAGAAUGUGCUGUUGCUCAGCACGCUCCACGCGCAGGCCCCCAAGGUCUGCCCCGCGCGCCCGGACGGGAAGCCCGCUAUCGUCUUGGACUACAACGCCAACAAAGGCGGAGUGGACACCCUGGACAAAGUCGUGAGCUCCUACAGCUGCAGAAGGAUGACUAAGCGAUGGCCCCUCGUAGUCUUCCACAACAUCGUCGACGUGUCCGGUUACAAUGCCUUCAUGAUAUGGAGAGAGCUCAACCCCGGCUGGUUGGCCGGCAAGGGCAACAAGAGGAGGGUGUUUCUCGAGCAGCUGGGGAAGGCGCUUGUGGCUCCGCUCAUCGAGCGGAGGCCUCGCCUGCCAAGCUCCAAAUCGGCCGCAUCGGUCGUGAAGGCGGUCAGGCGGGUGGCGGCGGAGCAAGAGGAAGAGGUGUCAGGUCUGCCCCUCCAAGAAAGACUGCAGGACGCGCAAAGUCUGCCGUCGCUGCCAGAGAUACAUAUGCGGAGGUUGCGCUCUCCUGUACUGCCCGGCGUGCGACAAGUCAUACUCGGCCCUGGAGCGCGGGUCUGUAUGAUGAUGACCCCGCCGCGGGGUUGGGACAAUGGGAGGGACGCUGUGAGGAUAUUUUUUCAUUGA